AUGGCUCGCCUAACAAGUCAAGAGGAAGAAGACUGCCAAGAUAUUUUCCACCUUUUAGAUCAUAAUAAAAACCAGAUCCUUGACCUUGGAGAGCUGGGGAAAGGUUUACGAGGUCUUGGCCUAAAUCCAUCAGAAGGAGAAGUUCGUAAAUACAUGGCAGAUUACGACAGAGACCGCAACAAUGGUCUCAGUUUAGAAGAAUUCGAAAGUGUCUAUCAAAGAUGUCUCAGCUCCUCUUCUGUUACUGAAGAAGAAAUCAGAGCUCAAUUUAAAAAACUCGACAAGAAUGGAGAUGGAACUUUAGAUGCAAGAGAGCUUAAGGAUAUUUUAAUUGGUGGAGAAGAGCCCUUGACAAGAGAAGAAGCUGAUGCGCUUAUUGCAGAUUUUGAUGUUAAUGGAGAUGGAGUUUUAAGCAUUGAUGAAUUUGUGAACGGCCUGCUGGGACGUCAAUAA